AUGAAAGAUCUUAAAUACGUCAUAAUCAAAUUUCUCUACCUUAUUCAGCAAUUCUUGGAGCUCUCAGAUAGACCGAUCCCUUCGAAUCGAUUGGAUCUCCUUUGCUGGACCGUCCUCAAUGAGCUCGUGCUAGUACUCCGUUCAACUCAUACCAGAACUCAGGCUCUUUAUCGACUUUCAUUGGCCCCCCACAGCGCCAAAAACAGCCUUUACGCCGAAACCAAUGGUUCAAGUGGCUUCAAAAUGUGUGAACAGUCGCCCCAAAAUCACACCAUCAGUCUUGGAGGCACUAUUUGUAAUAACUGGAAGGUAGGCCCACAUGGGGAUGGCAGCUUAGCUAAACUGGCUUCGGAAAGACCGGAUUGUUCAGCAAGAGUGGAUAUUGGCAAAACUGUAGAUUUGACUUCUCCUUGUCCUGGUAUUAGUGUUGAACCCGAUGUUCAUUUGACCGGAGCCCCUGAUGACGCUGCACUGGCAGCGACUCCUCAUAGUGCGGAUGUCUCGAUGCUAAGUCGGCUGAUUCGGCCAAUCAUGCUGCGCAUGUUGGCCAUUUCUUUGAUGGCCAUCGAUUACCAGCAUCAGAAGUUGACCGUACCUCGCUUGCCUAUUCAGCAAGAUUCUGUCAAACACGCUUUAGUGAGUUCAGCGGCUUGUAUCCUUAGACUAUGA